CCGUAUGCAAUUCCAAUCAAAGGAGGAAACUAUUGCUGCAAUCAAACAAUAUCACAUCAANAAUGGUUACAAAUACACGGUACUUGAAUCAAAGCCUAACAUUUAUGUUAUUCGAUGUGUAGAACACCACAACGGUUGUCAAUGGCGCUUGAGGGCAGGCUAUAGCAAAGUGCGUAAAUAUUGGGAAAUCAAAAACAUCGACGGCCAACAUACUUGUUUCUCUAACAUACUAUCUCAAGAUCAUACAAAUCUUGAUAGUACUCACAUUGCAACAAUCAUAUCAAAUUCUGUAAGGACAAACCCGUCAAUUCCCAUCAAGAGUUUGAUAGCAGAUAUUAAAGCUCGAUUCAGAUAUUUUGUGUCAUACAGAAAAGCUUGGAUCGCAAAACAAAAGGCUCUUGCGAUGGAGUUUGGUGAUUGGGAAGAGUCUUAUAACCAUCUACCAAGGUGGUUACAUGCGGUCAAGGAUGCAAACCCAGGUACAAUUUUACAAUGCACUGGUUCUCCAGUCGACAUUGAUGGAGAAAUUGACAAUAAUUCCUACAUUCUCGAAAGAGUUUUUUGGUCCUUCGGUCCUUGCAUACAAGGAUUCAAAUAUUGUAAACCCAUUCUACAAGUUGAUGGAACAUUUUUAACGGGGAAAUAUCAUGGAACUUUGCUGACCGCCAUAGCUCAAGACGGCAAUAGAAAUCUUUUCCCAUUGGCAUUUGCGAUUGUAGAAGGUGAGACAAAGGAGGCCAUGAUAUGGUUCUUUCAACUACUUCGACAACAUGUUUGCCCUGCACAAAAUAUUUGCAUCAUCACUGACAGAGGAAAGGGUAUCUUAUCCGCUUUAAGAUCAGAAGAGGUUGGUUGGGAAGAAGAUGGUAUGAACUCUGUUUAUUGCAUACGUCAUCUGGCCUCCAACUUCAACAACAAAUUCAAAAAUCAGGACCUGAAAAAACAAUUCAUCAAUUUAGGUACUACCACUAUCUAUUUGACUGCCAAUUUUAGUGUUCGUAUUUUCUUCAAUUCAUUUUCCAUUUUUAUUUUUAUUUUUUACGUCGUUACAGCUUACGAGGUCAAGCAACCUACUGUCACCGCAAAGCUUACUGCACUAAGAAACCAAUACCCACAACAAGUUGCUUGGAUAGAUAAAAUUCCAUUACAGAAAUGGUCUCAAGCUUUUGAUGGAGGGAGAAGAUAUGGACAUAUGACCACUAAUCUUGCUGAGUGCAUGAACUCCUGUGAAGUCGUGCAAUGGUGGCACGACUUCUGUUUUUGA